AUGCAAGAUCCAGAGGAAGUCGGGGUACGGACGAUCAAGGAUCAUCCAGACAUUGAGGAUCUUACUUACGUGAAUAUCUCAGUUUCAGCUCCAUCUGGUGCUGACAUCAUCGAUUGGAUCCACGAAUUGUACCGCGACUCCAGAGGUUUUGAGCUGGGAACAUUUGACGCUACUAUCCUGGGUGUGAUAUUGAAGGAUCAAGCAGCCAACUGGGGCCGUCUUGCACACGGAUACAUCAGCGAUAUGAUUGCCUUGGUGCAUAAUUUCAUUGUCGAAGUGCUGCAGCAAAUCGCCCCCAGUCGUCGAGUCUCGGAUGGCAUCAAAAGCUUGCUCUUGGACGACUUGACCAAGAUGUAUCGAGAUGCGAUCGACCACACGCAGUUCCUCCUCGACAUUGAGCUGAACGGGACUCCUGCUACGUACAAUCAUUACUUUAAUGAGAAUCUCCAAAAACGGUACGUCAUUUACCUGGUAUCGAAGAGUAUCACGGACUGUAAGCAUGGAACAGUGGUGCGUUUGGACGACAUUGUUCAGAGCCAUCCCUUGAGCAAUGCUAGACACACCACCCUCGAGAUUCAUGACAUACUGUGUUCUUACUAUAAGGUUGCCAGAAAGCGGUUCGCUGAUGCGGUACGCAUGCAGGUCGCUGACUGUAAGCUCGUGACAGGAGCGAAAACGCCGUUGACUCUGCUCUCUGCCCAGCUCGUUGCAGGGCUUGAUCAUGAAACAUUGGAGGACAUUGCCGGUGAAGAGUUGCAGACAAAGUAUGAACGGUCGAGACUUGAGAAGGAGAUCAGCCUGCUAAGAGAAGGGAAGAAGAUCGUUGGUUGA